GCAAAAGGGUCGAUGAUCCGAUUCUAUGGGUCCGCUGGGGUGACCGACUCUGGGCGGCGGAACGACGGACGAGAGUGCGAGAUGGUAUAAUAAGGGUGGUGAAAGCACCGGACGAUCGGGUCCAGGAAUGGCACCACCACGCUCGUCAGUCACUACUGCUUCUUAAGCAACGAGGGCGAGGAAGUGCCCGGACCCCCACCCCUCGGCCCAUCCCGCAGCCGUAUAAUUAUAAAUUAUAUCUCGGCUUGCCUUUCCCUAGACUUCUUCCCGCGACCAGGCCCGACCCCAGAUAGCGGCGCGAGACACGGAUAUCCCCAAGAAUAGCUACCCGUUUCCCGGACUCAACCUCUACCCACCCCAUGCAGACCCUCGCGCCCCUUUUCGCCCUCUUGGGCUUGGCGGCGACCUCGCAUGCCCUCCGGUUCUCCAACGAGACAGACCCGCUCGCCGACUGCCUGACCAAGGCCGCCGUGCCCGUUGGUGCCUCUGGGACGCCGGACUACCAGAUCGACGUCUCGAGCUUCAACCUCCGGCUCAACUACACGCCCGUGGCGGUCGUUGCCGCUUCGACGGCCCAGCACGUCCAGGAUGCCGUCAGCUGCGCAAACAAGCUGGGCAUCAAGGCCACUGCCAAGUGCGGCGGUCACAGCUACGCUUCCUUCGGCCUCGGCGGCGAGGAUGGCCACCUGGUCAUCGAGAUGAGCCGCAUGAACAAGGUCGUCUUGGACAACACCACGGGCAUCGCCACGGCCGAGGGCGGUACCCGUCUGGGCCAUCUCGCCACGGAGCUCUACACCCAGGGGAAGAGGGCGAUCAGCCACGGAACAUGCCCUGGCGUCGGAGUCGGCGGCCACUUGCUGCACGGCGGCUACGGCGUGAGCUCCCACACCCACGGUCUGGCUCUAGACUGGGUGGUGGGCGCCACCGUGGUGCUGGCCAACGCGACCGUUGUCGAGUGCUCCGAGACGGAGAACGCCGACCUGUUCUGGGCGAUCCGCGGCGCCGGCGCGUCCAUGGGCAUCGUGACCGAGUUCCGCCUCAAGACCUUCGAGGUCCCCGAGCAGGUGACCUACUUUGUCGCCCCCGUCCAGUGGCCCACCGAAGCUAGGGCCCUCGUCGGCGUUACCGCGGUGCAGGAGUUUGCAAAAACCAUGCCGGCUGAGUUGAACAUGCGUCUGUUUAUUGCCCGGCGUUUUAUUAACCUCGAAGGGCUGUACUAUGGUGACAAGGAGGGCCUGGAGGCUGCUCUCGCGCCGUUGGUCGAGAAGACAAACGCGACGCUCGCGCUGGCGAAGACGGGUGACUGGAUGGAGCAGGUUAAGCACUUUGGUGGUGGUUCAAACAUCGACCACGGUCACGGUUAUGAGGAGCACGAAACCUUCUACUCGACCAGCCUGUACACCAAGGAGCUCAACGACGAGCAGCUCCAAAACUUUGUCGGCUACUGGUUCAACCAGGCCAAGAACAACACCCGGGACUGGUACGUGCAGAUCGACCUGCACGGCGGCGAGAACUCGGCCGUGUCCACACCCGCACCGGACUCGACGUCGUAUGCCCACCGCGACUACCUCCUGAUGUACCUCCUGUACGACCGUGUCGACAGGGGCGAGUACCCGGCCGAGGGCCACACCGUGAUGGAGAACUUUGCCAGCAACAUCACCCAGGGCAUGGAGCGGAGCGACUGGGGCAUGUACAUCAACUACCCGAACUCCAGGCUCAGCCAGCAGGACGCUCAGGUCAACUACUGGGGCGACAACCUGGCCAAGCUGCAGGCCAUCAAGAAGGACGUUGAUCCGACAGACGUGUUCCACUACCCGCAGGGUGUCUUGCCUGCUGUCUAAGGGUGGUUGUGACGGGAAGCGGCGUGAAGUGCGAGAGGCUUACAUGCGAGCGUCCGGGAAAGAGAGCAUUAGAUGAGUGAUGGGAUAGAGGUUGCAUUGUAUUGUAUCGGGUACGAAGCCGGAGAUGGGCGGGUCU